UUGGUGUGGAUUGAUUCUUAGCGUCGCGAGUAAUCGCAGCGGAUGGUGGAGAUGGUGGGUGUUUCAGUUUGAUGAUGAUGCAGUGGCUGGCUGGCUGGCUGUGGGUCACAACGAGUGCUGGGCUGCGGAGCUCAUUCUUCUGAGGGUCGAUUGAUGGAUGGAGGUUUCCGUGGGUGCUUCGAGUGUUGGCAAGAUGCAGGGAGGUUUGGUGGUCUCCUCUGCUGCGCAGACGCAAGUGCAAUCUACCGCUAGCCGAUUCGCUCUAGUCUCUUCCGCACCACGGUCCAAUCUUGCCUCUUCCAAUUCACCCUCGCUCGCGUUUUUACGACUUCCCUCUGAGCGCUCGUUACGCAGGGCGAGGUCCUGGAGUGCUUCGGCUCCUCAACGACGGCCCCUUCAGGUGGUGUGCGGUGGUCUGGGUGAUUUCAUAGGGGGAGAUUUGCUGGGCCUCGACCUUGACCAAUGGGUCGGUGAUGUUGAGAAGUAUGGCUCAAUUGCUGUGUAUGCUCCUGCUGAGGGCGGCUAUGAAGGUCGUUACAGCACUCGUUUGAAAAGCGAAGGAUACCAUUUCAUGAAUAUCUCGGCGCGCGGCUUGGGUGACCCUGAGGCUUACCUCACCAAAGUGCAUGGCGUGCGACCUGCCCAUCUUGGGAAGCAAACCAUCGCGCGCUGGUAUUUUCCACCGGAGGUCGACUACCGGCUCUCUCUUCUUCCUAAGAAUUGCAAGGGCCUCGUUCUUUGGGUUUUGGAGGCUAAGGUUCUAUCGAAGUCAGAGUUGCAGUUUCUUGCACUGCUCCCGGCAAUUCGUCCGAAUGUGAAGGUUAUUGCAGAAUGUGGGACCUGGAGGUCUUUCAAAUGGAGACCACUGAAGGACGCGGCAGGUCUUCCAGCCCCUCAGGAAGCGAACGCGGAUGCUUCAACUUGAUUUGUCGAACAAGCAUUGUACUAUUUGCCACCAGUUAUUUACCAUGAAUAUUACCUCCUGAGCGCACUUUCUAGGUUACCCUUUUCGGGAUUUGCAUUAUUCUGAUUCAAUUGCGUAUUGUGAACAUCAUGCAUCUAUCUUGCUAAUUUACAGGUCUUUCCGUGGAGAUUCAUGUUAAUUGAGAGGUUCCUUUGAAAAUUAGAGUUGCAAAGAUGUGUCUUUCCGUGACGUAGUCUCUAGAAAACGUGUACGGUUUGUAUUGACUUCAUUUCAUGUUGACCAGGUUACGACGAGUGGGAUAGCGCAGAAACAUUCUUAGAAAAUUCCUUGAAACUAAGAUAAACAGAUGUCGCGGCCUUCAUGGUCGUCCAGAAUAUUUUGCAGUGAUUAUUGAUUAAAUUGUCCAUGAUCUUGAUUAUGUCUUAAAUAUUUCAUUACUAAUCCAAAUGUGCAUACUCCUAUCA